GGGAGGUCGGCGGCGGCGCCGCAGUCGUGGAGGGGCACUGGGAUCGUAGGCGGCCGCGGGCGACGCAAGUUCCGCACGGAGCCCGUCUCUUCUCGCCUCACGCUUCUUCCUCUCUCCUAGUUGCGCGCUGCCUCCCGACGGCCGCUCUUCCUGACGAGAGCUUUCGGAGUGCGGUUGCUGAGGAGAAGCCGUCACCACCCCGCCUCGGGGCCGAGUGAGGGUUCCUGUCGCGCCGCGUCGCCCCCUGCGCCGCCUCCUUGCCCUCAGUGGCGGGCGCCCUUCUCGCUGGAAGCACUCCCCCCAGCUCCAUGAAUGGAAAUCGGCUCCGCAGGACCCGUUGGGGCCCAGCCCCUACUCAUGGUGCCCAGAAGACCUGGCUAUGGCACCAUGGGCAAACCCAUUAAAUUGCUGGCUAACUGUUUUCAAGUUGAAAUUCCAAAGAUCGAUGUCUACCUCUAUGAGGUAGAUAUUAAACCAGACAAGUGUCCUAGGAGAGUGAACAGGGAGGUGGUUGACUCAAUGGUUCAGCAUUUUAAAGUAACUAUAUUUGGGGACCGUAGACCAGUUUAUGAUGGAAAAAGAAGCCUUUACACAGCCAAUCCACUUCCUGUGGCAACUACAGGGGUAGAUUUAGAUGUUACUUUACCUGGGGAAGGUGGAAAAGAUCGACCUUUCAAGGUGUCAAUCAAAUUUGUCUCUCGGGUGAGUUGGCACCUACUACAUGAAGUACUGACAGGACGGACCUUGCCAGAGCCACUGGAAUUAGACAAGCCAAUCAGCACUAAUCCUGUCCAUGCCGUUGAUGUGGUGCUACGACAUCUGCCCUCCAUGAAAUAUACGCCUGUGGGGCGUUCCUUUUUCUCAGCUCCAGAAGGAUAUGACCACCCUCUGGGAGGGGGCAGGGAAGUUUGGUUUGGAUUCCAUCAGUCUGUUCGGCCUGCCAUGUGGAAAAUGAUGCUUAAUAUUGAUGUUUCUGCCACUGCCUUCUACAAAGCACAACCUGUAAUUCAGUUCAUGUGUGAAGUUCUUGACAUUCACAAUAUUGAUGAGCAGCCAAGACCUCUGACUGAUUCUCAUCGGGUAAAAUUCACCAAAGAGAUAAAAGGUCUGAAGGUUGAAGUGACUCAUUGUGGAACAAUGAGACGGAAAUACCGUGUUUGUAAUGUAACAAGAAGGCCUGCCAGUCAUCAAACCUUUCCUUUACAGUUAGAAAAUGGCCAAACUGUGGAGAGAACAGUAGCACAGUAUUUCAGAGAAAAGUAUACUCUUCAGCUGAAGUACCCACACCUUCCCUGUCUGCAAGUGGGGCAGGAGCAGAAACAUACCUAUCUGCCACUAGAAGUCUGUAAUAUUGUGGCAGGGCAACGAUGUAUCAAGAAGCUAACGGACAAUCAAACCUCCACUAUGAUCAAAGCAACAGCAAGAUCUGCACCAGAUAGACAAGAGGAAAUUAGCAGAUUGGUAAGAAGUGCAAAUUAUGAAACAGAUCCGUUUGUUCAGGAGUUUCAAUUUAAAGUUCGGGAUGAAAUGGCCCAUGUAACCGGACGUGUACUUCCAGCACCUAUGCUCCAGUAUGGUGGCCGGAAUCGGACAGUAGCAACACCAAGCCAUGGAGUAUGGGACAUGCGAGGGAAACAGUUCCACACAGGAGUUGAAAUCAAAAUGUGGGCUAUAGCUUGUUUUGCCACACAGAGGCAGUGUAGAGAAGAAAUACUGAAGGGUUUCACGGACCAGCUGCGUAAGAUUUCUAAAGAUGCAGGGAUGCCCAUCCAGGGCCAGCCUUGCUUCUGCAAAUAUGCGCAGGGGGCAGACAGCGUGGAGCCCAUGUUCCGGCAUCUCAAGAACACCUACUCAGGGCUGCAGCUCAUUAUCGUCAUCCUGCCAGGGAAGACACCAGUGUAUGCGGAGGUGAAGCGUGUUGGAGAUACACUUUUGGGUAUGGCUACACAGUGUGUUCAAGUCAAGAAUGUAAUAAAAACAUCCCCUCAAACUCUCUCAAACCUGUGCCUAAAGAUAAAUGUUAAACUUGGAGGGAUCAAUAAUAUUCUUGUACCUCAUCAAAGACCUUCUGUGUUCCAGCAACCAGUGAUCUUUUUGGGAGCAGAUGUCACUCAUCCACCAGCUGGGGAUGGGAAGAAGCCUUCUAUUGCUGCUGUUGUAGGUAGUAUGGAUGCCCACCCAAGCAGAUACUGUGCUACAGUAAGAGUUCAGAGACCCCGACAGGAGAUCAUCCAGGACCUUGCCUCCAUGGUCCGAGAACUUCUCAUUCAGUUUUAUAAGUCAACUCGGUUCAAACCUACUCGUAUCAUCUUUUAUCGGGAUGGUGUUUCAGAGGGGCAGUUUAGGCAGGUAUUAUAUUAUGAACUACUAGCAAUUCGAGAAGCCUGCAUCAGUUUGGAGAAAGACUAUCAACCUGGAAUAACUUACAUUGUAGUUCAGAAGAGACAUCACACUCGAUUAUUUUGUGCUGAUAGGACUGAAAGGGUCGGAAGAAGUGGCAAUAUCCCAGCUGGAACAACAGUUGAUACAGACAUUACACACCCAUAUGAGUUUGACUUUUACCUCUGUAGCCAUGCUGGAAUACAGGGUACCAGCCGUCCUUCACACUAUCAUGUUUUAUGGGAUGAUAACUGCUUUACUGCAGAUGAACUUCAACUGCUAACUUACCAGCUCUGCCACACUUAUGUGCGCUGUACACGAUCUGUUUCUAUACCUGCACCAGCGUAUUAUGCUCACCUGGUAGCAUUUAGAGCCAGAUAUCAUCUUGUGGACAAAGAACAUGACAGUGCUGAAGGAAGUCACGUUUCAGGACAGAGCAAUGGACGAGAUCCACAAGCUCUUGCCAAGGCUGUACAGAUUCACCAAGAUACCUUACGCACAAUGUACUUUGCUUAAAAAGUCUAAGAAUAUUCUCUGAGAGGAAGAACUGGAAGAUGAAUCAACGUACAACUUAUGUUUCCAGUGGAGUCAGCUGAGUGGGGAUGCCUCCAGCCAUACAGAAACCAACACUGUGUGGGGGCCAGGGCCUGAUCUUCAUGUUGAUACAAGGAAGAUUGUUCACUUCAUCAAGGAACACAGCACCAUUAUGCAAUAUGAAACCAGCCAACUGCUUUUUUGUGCGGUCUCCUGUAGGAAGUAUCGCGAUCGUUUUGUUUUCACUUUCUUGUAGUCUAACCCUUUUAAUGCCUUUACCUCAAGUUGCUUGGCAGCACAACUCUUUGCAAAAAAAAAAAGUAAAGAAAAAGUAAAUGAUGGUUUUUUAAAAAACACACCUAUAUGAAUAAUCAAAGUGAUUGUUCACAAUUAUGUGUGCAAAAAAUGUGCAUUCAUGUAUUCUUGUAAAAGUUAUCUGUAUAUUUUACUUAUAUACAUGCAUACUACAUAUGCAUAUAUAUCUGGAUCUACACUGAUAGUAGAUAUAUAUGUAUCUCUGUAUAUAUUUUAUAGUUCAUUCCAUUGGGGAACUUUCUUUCCCUUUUAUUAUCCUCCCACCACCACUAUGAUUUCUCUCUCUACCUCCCUUGCCUUCAUCACCUACAUUUUAUUUUCCCUGAUGCUACCAGUAACAUUCAAAUGUUCAUGUAUCUGGUUCAUUUGAAUAUGAAGCAUGGCAAACUAGAUUUUUAUUUUGCACGCCCUACUCCUGUCUUGUCUCAUACAUAAUUCUGAGUCCUCAACUCUUGGUAUUGCUUUCUUAAGAAACUAUAUAUAUAUAUAUGUAUAUAUAUAUACACACACACACAUAUAUAUAUAAAAUACGUUUUUGUGAGAGUGAAUGUCUGCCCCCUCCUGCUCUCAACUUACAUUUGCCAUUUGUGCAAUGUGUACAUAAGCAGUAGCAACCUAAGCUAUUCUUUUUCUUUAGUGAGUUUGUUAAAGCUGCUAUAAAUAUAUAAAAAAAAAAACACACAACUUUGUCAGAAGUUGUAACUCUCUUUCUCUAUUAGUGAUAUGUAUUCUAAAGUCUUCUGUUUCUAUGUGUUAUACAUGGAAAUCCCUUAAAACUUUUAUAAAGGGUAAAUAUUUUAAAUGAUUGGAACUGUGUAGGGUUGAGGCCUCUGAAAUUGGGUGGAGAGAAGGGAUUGUGGAGGGUUUUUUGGUUUUUUUUUUACUAGUUUAUUUGCUGCCUCUCAUACCUUAAUGUGAUUUUCAUAUAUAUAUAUUUUUAUAUAUAUGUGUGUUGUAUAUAUAUAAACAUAUAUGUAUGUGUUUUGAAGUAUAGCUUCCUUUUCUUUUAUAUUUAUUAGAAUAGUGCUUUAAUAAUUAUAGAAUCAUGCUGGCAACAUCUUUUAUAGAAAUAUAAUCAUGUUUAUUUUAAGAACUGACAACUUGUUUUUGCUCUCUUUUAGUGCAAUAAGCAGUUUUAAAAGAAAGCUGUGUCUGUUUCACAUCUUUACCACAGAGAGUGGGAGAAACAGGCACCUCCAUAAUUUUAAAAGGGCAAAGUAUAUAGCCUUAAUUUCAGAAGGAAAGUUUUGUAAUUUUCAAGUUUAAAGCAUGUCUUAUAAAAAUCAUAAUGAAAAUGAAGGAAGUUAAAUUUCCUAAAUGAGUGUUAACCUUGAAUAUUAGAAAUAAAGUUGAAGAACUUUAAGUAAUGACAGUGACUAGCUUAAGAUUUAGAAGAUAUUUAAAUUCUUUGAAAAUAGAUCAUGUUUACUGAAGAAUCAUACUGGUAAGGUGCCCAUUUUCAUUUACUAAAAUGAGUCAGGAAAAUAUAAAAUGAUACUUUAAAAACUUUUUUUGCUAAUUCAUCACCAGUGUAACUUUCCUUUUAAAAUUAGGGUGAUGGUGACAAAGGAAGUUAGGACUUUGAGCAUUUGAAAUGAGUUAAAUCACUGAAAUGUUGAAAAAAGCUUUGCAAAACUUUUGUUUUAUUGACUUCACUUUAAGAUAUUAAAAAAUACUAUAAAGCUGUCAAAACCGAGUUUAUCAGUAACCUUGGAUUCAGGGGAGCUUUGCACUUUGUAACUCAUGAAAAUUGCAUUUUAAUUUUUUUUUUUUUUUGCACUGGUUCAGAGUAUAGAUAUUACAGAUUGUUUCCAGUGGGCAUUGUUGUUAACCUUUCAGAAUUCCAUCUGCACAUGAAAACAAAUGGAUUAGCUCUGUAGUUUCUCUCUUACUUAUAAUCCACACUUAUUGCCAAUUUACUGUAUUUUGAGCCUAAAAUCUGAGCCCAUAUCCUCCAACAGGUAUGAAAUCUUUUGUCCCUCUGCCAGAAAACUAAGAAAGUACUGUAUUUUGUAUGUUUAUUAUAUUGAAGUGUCUGAAAUGCAAUUUACAACACUGUUUUAAAGCUCUUUACAUAAGGUAAUGUUUGUGUAGUGUAUACAUUUUUCUCCCAACCCUCCCCCCUCCUCCAAAAAAUUUCUAUAAAGAGUGUAUUUUUUUUACAUUGAAAUUUCACUGAAUAUAGUCAAGAACAUAGGCAAGAGAAGAAAAUUGUAUAUCCUAGGUGGUAAAAACCUGAUGGCGUAUGUUUGCUCAGUAUGAGUAAAACAUCUUCCUUUAUCAGUGGGAGCUGUACAGAUUGAUGUGGAAAACUUUAGGGCCCAGGGAAGAACUGUAGAUAACCUUUCCCUAUUUACCUGCUUUACCUAAUUUUCAGUCAGUUAAUCUCACAUGUGCUAAAGGAAAGCCCAUAAUUUAAAUCUAUUUAGAAGGACUUUUACAGAGGAAAAAAAAAUUUUUUUUAAUAUAAAGCUUUACCUUUGAAGUGAGUUCUUUUUAGGGUGCUCUUAGAGUUUCAACAUUGCUAGUUUAAAGUUGGUUAACUUGAAAGAAUAUGUAUAGUAUAUUCUAUUUUGCUUACUAACAAAUUGGUAUAUCAAACUUAAUUAUAAGAAGCUUUGUGCUUAGAACUUUAAGGUAAAUACUAAGUGGCAAAUAUUUUUUGAAAUUUGUUUCAUUAUUAUACUUCUGGUGGAGAAUUGCUGAUCUUUUUUAUUUAAAAAAAAAAAAAAAGGUUGUUUUGAGUUUAAUGGUCAUGAAACUCAACAGUGACCUUUCUGUUCCUGCCCUUGCUCACUAACUAUACAAUGAAUGCUGAAUUUAUGUCUGCUGUUUUCUGUGAUAUAAGAGUGACUUUAAAAUGUCAGUCCCAGCAACUGGUAUAAUAGAUUUUCAUGUGAAGCAGAAUUGGGAGUUUAAUGUAUAUUCUGGAUGGCAAAUGUGUAAAGUGCUGAUACAUGUUUUAUAUUACAGUAUCAAGUUACUGGCAUUGAGGACCAUGCAUUUAUAAUACCGUAGCUGCUAUAUUUAUUUAAUGAAGUAGAGUCUGACAGUUACUGCACUUAACAGUAAGGAAAUGAGCAGGAUUCAAGGCUAGUGUUAGACUUUUUUUUUUUUUUUCCUAAAUAAGAUUUAAGAACAUGAAAUAUCAAGGUAACAAAGGGUGCUGCCAAUUUAGUUUCAAUUUAAUAUCAGGAUACUCUUUCUUUGUUUUAGAAAUGUGGAUUUUUACUUUAGCAGUUUUGGAAAAGGGUACCUCAGCCUCCUCAGUACUGGUUUUUAGCAUAUUUUCACAGGAGUACAGGUGCCCUUUAUUUUUUUCUUAAUAUUUACCUUUUAACAAGUUUCUCAGAAAAAGUAUUCUUCUGUGGAAAUCUUCCUGUUUGUAACCUAUUAAUUUAUUUAUCUUCCUACAAGAGAGUCUAGGUGGGAUUCUAGUAGGAAUGUACUGGGUGUUUUAGAAGGCACUUGAUAAAGAUUCAUCUCUACUUUCUAGCAUGGAGACUUAUAGCCCUCUAAACACCUAUACUGGUUUUCCAAACUAGGUUCUCUGAUGACCCACCACUGCCUAAAGUUUACUUAUAUAUUCUCUAAUGGAUUUUAGUAUGACAGACCUCAUGACAGGCUUAGUCAUGACAGACUUAAAGUAUGACUAAGGAGAUAGAAGCUGAGUUGCCAUUCAGUAGAAACGGCUGGCUGAGGAUCUCAAUGUUUAAGGAAAAGGUGAACACUCAGAGUGCCAGUAAUCAGUCUGAAGGAUCUAUUAUUGAUGGAUUAUAGACCAGGAAUUAGAGACUCCUAUUCAAGGAAUUUGGUGGGUGUUUGAUUCAGAGGCCAACAUGAAUUUGCCAUGGGUGUUGAUUUUUAUGAAAUCUGUGAAGCUAGCCACUUGGAUUCAGCUAGAAUAUUUUGUAGUCUUGCUAUUAAAACUUGAUAGUGAUGUUUUGCCAAGAAGCUUAACUGACAGCUCGGCAUAAAUUUUAUUCAGUAUCAUUAAACCUGGGUUAAAUAUUUAUUUAACUCAUCCUCUUAGAUGUUCUCCUAUUGAAUACUUUUUAAAGACAAGUUGCCCCUAACAGUAACUUGCUACUUAAAUUAUCUUUUAUGAGUUAUCAGUCAAGCUGCAAAAAGACACCAUUGAACUGGCAUCUUUAUUUUGGCUUUUUUAAUCCUUUUCAUUCUUUUUGAGAAUUCAUGGAUGUCUUAAAGCUUCAGUAAUAAUACCUGGGAGACUUUAUAUCAAGUGAGGCCUUUGUGAGUGGCAGUAUAACCCUGACUCUAAAGUCUGUCUUUAUUUUCCUUUUUCCCUCUCAUUUGAUCAUAUAAAGCACUUUGUGAUUCUACAGGAGUCAAAAAACAAGCCAGGAAUAAUGUGUAAAAUCAGUACAUAGAUGUGAAAGUCAGAAUUUUCUCCAAAAAAUCUUUUUAAAAAAAUUUCCUGCUUAUACUAAGAACAUUUUUGAUCAGUUGCAAUAUUGGAAAUGAUGCUGUGAUUAGUGAAACCUAAGCUGACUCCCAGGAAGAAAAAUACAAUCUCUCUCUCUCUCUCUCUCUCUCUCUCUCUCUCUCUCUCUCUCUGUAUAUAUAUAUAGAGAGAGAGAGAGAGAGAGCCUCAAAGGGAAAAAUAUUUUUAACUUUUUCCUACUUUUAAAAGUGGUACAUUUCAGUUUAUAAUUUUCCAUGUUGGUCAAAAUCAUUUCUUUUAACUAAGAUAUAAUGGUCAAGGCUUGUGCUAAUAUUAUCUACUGCUAGUUCAAUUUUAUUUUUCCUUACCCAUCAAAGAUAGUGCUCUAUAUUUUUACAUCGUUGUAAGAAUCUUUUGCUCUUAAAGUAUGGAAGUUAAAGAUUUUAAUUUGAAUUAAAGAUAGAAGUUUAAUAAAUUUCAUAUGGAGGGUUGAGAUUUACCAAUGAGAAGCCCUAUUGAAAUAUUAGGUAGCCAACAGUGUGACAAAAUUAAGAUGCUAUCAAAUCAUCUAUCUGGCCACUGGCCUCCCUUCCUUUUUGAAAUCAAUGUCUUAGGUAACCAGACUCUAAUGUUGUGUCUAUGUUAGCGUGUCAGUAAAGCAGAGAUGUUCUUCAGGGUAGACACUGAAUUAAAUUUUUAAAUCAUUUUUUAAAGCAAGGCGGUUCUUAGAAAGUGCCUUUUCAGAAGAUGGUGCUGUAGAUUUUUAUUUUUCAAAUAGCAUGAGGCUAAAAAUUUGAAAGAUAAAUUAUUUUAGAAUUCCAAGGGUAUGACCGUUUCAUAUAAAUAAUGUUAUUUGUUGUUCUGAAUCUGGUCCAAGGGAACCAAGUAAAGCUUUUAUUCAGUAAAGUAUCUAAGUAAAUGCUCACCAAAUAUAUUUUGUAAGUUUAAAAACACAGUUUUUAACAGAAUUAACCCUUUCAGUUCUCAGCUGUGUUGCAGGUAAUCUAUAAGGCACAUAAAACAGCAAGUUUGCUUAACUUUUUAACAAGAGUAUGGAUAUAGUAGUUAAGUGCCCGAUGGCAAAGGUAACUUGCCAGAAAUUAUGUCAUAGGCUACCUUCCCCCCCCCCAGCAUAUUGACCCUUUUGUAAAUAUCUACUGGCAGCCUUUUCUAAUUAAUCUUUAUUAAAGAAGACUGCUUAUAAAGAUGGAGCCAAGUCAUCAUGGAAAUCAGUGUAAGAGGAGAAGUAAAAUGAUUAUUUCUCUAUCUUUAGGGAAAUUUUUUCUUUUUCAGGCAGCAAGAAAUAUUCUAAAUGUUUCCCUCUUUUUUCUAGCAUAGGUGAAAAAUGAUGACAAUGCAUCUAUAUGAUCAAUUAAUUAGAAAUAGAACAGGUAAAAUUGGGCUUUGGAGGAAAUAAGAGGGAGGAUAAUAGCAGGACUAUUCAUACUGGUUGGAAAUUUAGUAAUCUACCAGAAAGCAAUUUUCCCUUGAACUAGGAAGUAGUAAACAGCAGUAAAUGAUCACCUAACCGGUUCUUGCUUGUGAAUUUGGUGAGCACUCUCCCAGAAAAGAAUAGACUUAAAAACACACAAAAAAACACCACACCUCAGUAACCUUGUAUGCUGCAUUAUGUAAUAAUGAUAGUAAAAAUAUAUUGAUUGUUUGGAGUGUACUAUAUCUGUCUGCAAAUAUACAUGCACAUUAAACUUUUUCAUUUUUUAUAAUGUCAUAAUAGCAAUUACGAGUUUAUUUUUUUAAUAUUAAUUUUUCUAUUGUGAUGUUUAUAUUUAUUGGCAAUUUGUGCGCAACUUUUAUAUUUUGCUUAGAUAUUGGUUUUAAGGUAUUUUAUUUUUAUAGAUAUCUCUAGCUUUUCCUCUUUCUUUGUAAUAUUGGCAAAGAUUAAGAUGGAAUGUUAAUAUGCCAACCAAACUACUAAUUCCAUAAAGUCUAGAGUUUGGAUUUUUACCAAUAAACCAUUAACACUAUUUUCUAACUUAGAAUACUUAAUGUUGUUUAUAUAGUGGGCAUUAAAGACAGUCUUUAGACAGAUUUCUAAACGCGGAGGGGAGGUGGGGCUUUUCUUUAGAUUUCUUUCCCUUAAGUAGAAAACUAAUACUAAUGGAUUGGAUUUAUUUUACCUGAUCUGCAGUUUUGGGGCAACUUGAUUGUUACACUUCUUAUUUCUAACUUCAGCUACAUUGAAACUGCUUUAAAUGGAUGCAUCAUCCAGCCUUAGGAUUGUGAUACCAUUCUCAUAGGCCUGGAAAACAAAUAGCAAAUGAUCCAGAAGUCAGUGAUAAUUGACUUUGAAAUGGGGUGCUCCAGCCCCCACCAUGAUUAUGUUAUGUGGAAGAUUUGCUACCCUAAUCUUUUCCCUACCAUACCUUUAAAGUUGAUUGAACCCUACCAUACUUUUAAAGUUGUUUCUUCUUCAUCAGUGAAGAAACAGAGUUUAAGUGGCUAGGUAGAAUCAGAGAUAAAGACUAAUAUAGUAUUUCAGCUACUUAAAAAUUUAAGUAAUAAUUAUGAAUGUGAAUUAAUUGGAAGACAGUUAAAAGUAUGAUUAUAGAAAAUUAAUUUCAAGCAUAUAUGGUUACUCCAGUUUCCUAGUGAAUAGAUCAAGAUUAUUUGUAUUGACAUUAACUUUUUAUAAAACUGCAUGAAAAAAGUGAAUUCUGUUAAACAGGUAAAAUAUUUCCAUUGUGUUUUUACAUGGUGAAUUUGCUUGGUAAGCCAUUUUUUUCUGUACGAGAUUAAAAGAUAAACUUUAUCCCUCCUCUGAGCUUUAAAUUCUAAAUUAUCAGGGUUUAAUGUAUGACAUUUUGCCAUACUACAUUCUUUCACUGAGAGGGGUAAAUGAGAAAGUUUCAAGUAACUAUAAUUGGAAAAGUAUUAUUUUUAUGUUAUGUGAAAUUUAACAAUUUAAAAUGAAUCAGCAUGUGAUUUCGUAUAGACAUUAGCCAUAUCACUUUUUCCUCACGUUUUUGCCAGUUUCAGUAGGUUGAUACACACACACACACACACACACACACACACACACACACACAGCUACUUCCUUACCCUUACAUCAAGUAUUAAUUGAAGGUUGGUAUUCUGAUUAUAGGAAUUUGUUGAUACUAAAAAACUAAAUAUGUUUCAAUCAGUCAGAUAUUAUUUCUAUUGCAAAUAUAUGCUCCCCUCUUAAGGAUAUUUAUUGUAGUUAUAAUUUUAAUAGUUUUAUUCAUUAUGCUUCAACAUUGUCCUAGAUUGACAGGCAUAUAAUUCUUGAAGAUCAAUAUUUUUAAGGCAGCUUUGAGUAGAAAUCAUCCUUUAUUUUCUUUUUUUCCUUCCAAAAGCUCAUAGGAACCUGACACAUAGAGCUUAUUUUGCUCUUUUAACCGGUUGGCUCCAUAAAUCAGGGUACCUGGCAUCAGUAACUGAAUUACCGCGGUGAAGUACUUGGUGACUUGUUCAAGUUUACACUCAUCUCUUAGAACUGUCAUGAAUAGGCUUAUGUGAGUAGAAAACAGAUGGGAUUGUUGGUCAUUAGAACUUUAUUUUCUUUGCCUUUUGUUUUUGUUUUUGUUUUAUUAUUUCUAAAAAUUGACUGCAUGCACAUCUGUAAUUUUAUGUUUAAAGUUUAAGAGGCCAUGCCAGAAACUAGAGAGGGAGAUUACCCUGGUAUUUAAUGCCUAAAACUUUCCAUCUUUAUUUACUUCAUGGCUUUAGUUGGAAGAACAAACAAACAAAUAUCCUUUAGUUUGGCCCUUUAUUUUUAGAACCAAAGAAGAAAAGACUCUUUCUACAAAAAAUGUUUGCAGGUAUGAUAGGAGAUCUUUGUGAAGAAAUGGACUAGUGGGAUUGUAAGAGUAUGUAGUGAGGGGGGAAAUGAGGAAAAGGAAAAGGUUUCUUUGCUGGAAUCCUUGGAGAGAAACCUUACAAUUGUUUGGUAUUUGUCUGGUUCUCACAGUCACAUUGUAAAAGAGGAACUGGUGUCAUUUGAACCUAAGAAGAGAGUCUCUGUAACCUAAAUUUAUUUUAUGUUGUUGUCCCAGAUCUAAAGCUGCAUCUGUUUUGAUUAGAGAAUUUGCUUCUGAAUAAAGAAAUGAAGUAUUUAUCCUUAAAUAGAGCCAUGGCAUUACUAUCAACAUGGCUUCUCCAGCUUUUCCCUUUAUAUAGAAAACACAAAACAGGACCUUUCCAGACAAGGUAGUCUUUCCUGUAAUGAAAAUAUUUUUUGAUAACAGAUUUGGGGGAAACACUGGUAGAUUGUAAUGAAGGGGGAAUUUUGCCUAACAUAGACGGUCCAACCAGGUUAAUGGAUACAGUUUGAUCCCAGGAAGUUUAACAAGAGGAGCCUUUGGUAGCAGGUAAACCUUUGGUUUUGGUAGCAACAGAUUUGGAUCUCCAGUGGUAAUUAACUGCAGAUAUCUCCCUGUUUCACAGAAAGGGAAUGAUCUCAUAGUAUUGAUGAUGAUCCUGCAGAUGUGCCUGUGCUCUUUCUCUAAUUCAAAAAUCAGGACUAGCAAGCACUAACCAAAAUCUUCUAAUACUUUGUCCUAUAAGAUUCUUUAAAAGUUUUCCAGGAGCUUUCUCAUUUCUUAGCCCAGGGUACAAUGCCUUUCUCCUCUUUAAAAAAGAAAAGAAAAAGUAUUUAGAGGCAGUUUAGAUAGAAUUAUACUAUGAGUAAAUGAUAAGAGUCUUUAAAAUACUUGGGAAAGGAGGCUCACAUGCCGCAAGUUAUAGCUUGAUUGAGAGACUCUUUGAAUACUGUUUUCAUGUUUGGGUUCUAAAGUUUUUUCUUUGACCUACCAUUCUUUGAUUUACUUGAGUGCCAUCAUUCUAUUUUGGGAUGUAAUCAGUAUUUUAUGCCAUUUAUGAAUUGUGCAGUUUUUCCCUCUCCAUACCCUACAUACACACACUGUUAAAAAUAAAAGCGGGAGGGCUAAAACAAAAAAAAGAUAAUGAGAAUCAUUAGAAUGUAACUUUAGUUAAUAUAGAUGGAAAGAAAUCCUAACUUGGUUAAAUGAGAAUUAAGACUGAAAGUGUUAGUGCUGCAGGUAUUAUCUCUAUCCAUAGAGUUUUUUGCUAGCUAUAGAGUGGUAAUAUGAACAGAAUAUGUAUCUGAAAUAUGAUGUUACAGCAAAGUGAUAAAAGAAAUUAUUCUUGAAAGUAAUAUUUCAAUCUUCUCUAACAGAGAUGCCCAUAUUCUUAAGGAAAAUUAAUGUAGCUCCUGGUUUUAAUGAAUCAGACUCUGAUUUAAACUUCAGAAGAUUUGUAACUUUUAUUCUGACACAUCUUCUUAAAUAUGUAAAAAUUACAUUGAAUGAAUACUUAAGACUAUUCUUUCCUCUUAAUUUACAUAAUGAUUUUUUCAGACCUUAGUUCUAUAGAUAUUAAUUUCUCUCUCACAUAUAUGCCUCUUGGUGUGUGCAGAAUUCCAUAUUAAAAGUUUUCUUAAACUCAUUUCCUAGUCAAACCUGAGCUGUAAAGGAGAAGGCAUAAAUAGGUUUAAAAUGCAGGAAAUUUUAGAAGAUCACAACUGGAAAAAGACUGUUGAGAACUCGUUGCCUUUGAGAGUAGAAAGGGCUCUAAAACUUGAACUGAGAUUUGGAGUUUAGUCAGAGCUCUACCACUAAUUUGCUCUGUGUCCUUAAGGCAAUUUCCUUAAUCUCUGUGUGCCUAGGUUCUUAUAAACUGGUAGUGAUAAUACCUGCCCUCACCUCCCUCACAAAGUAGUUGUAAGAAUAGGAUAAUGUUUGUGACAGUGCUUGAGUUCUCCAAAAGAAAAGCUAUUCAGAAGUUAAAGAUAAAAGAAUAUUGUUGUGUGGAGGGUUCAUUUCCAGUUUGCCUCUAUGAAAGUAUCUUUAGUUACCCUAGAUCAUUUUAUCAAACAAGUGUAAGAGAAACUGAGGCUUUAUCAUGGUAUGGUGUUCACCUACAAACGUAUUCUGUUCUGUUUCUCCCCUGCUAGAUAUUUAUUGCACAGGCUGAAUUUUUCUUUAUAAUAAUCUUUGGGAAAAGUGUAACUUCAAAAACCAAACUCCUUUUAGUGGUGCUAUGGCAGCUGUGAUUGUAUUUUGAGUUAGAUUAAUGUGGUGAAACCAUCAGAUAAUCAGAAAUUAACUUUGCCUUUUGCCUUCAGGCAUUUUUGCUACAGAUUGGCGUCAGAGGCUGUUGUACAACCAGAUAGUUAUCCCUUUGUUUCUUGCAGAUUUCUGGUACCUUUUUUUGGAACCUUUUUCUGGAGUAAGGGGUUAGGUUUUAAGAAGGAAAGUGUGCUUAUUUCACUUACCACUUUGCAGAGUUGACCGUUGGCUUUCCAAUCACCACGUACCUGUAAAAAUUAGAAUAUAGUAAAAGGGUUUUUUCUUCAUUUAAAUUCAGUUCUGAGCAUCUGCAGGUGAUAUCAGGAAGCCUGUUGGUGUCUGACCCCGUCAUCUUUAUGGAUUGUGGGCAGAACCUUACAUUUCUACAGGCUUACCCACUUUCCUGAGGCGAAGGGGCUCUUGUUUCUAGGAAAAACCAAGGGCACAUCACCACAGGUUGUGUAAGCGAUUCCUUGUUGAAACAGACAAGUUUGGUUUGUGUUUUGUUUUGUUUUGUUAAGAAAUUAAAGGAUGCAUUUUAGGUACACAGGGUAUGAAUGCAUUCAACAUUUAUUUUUUUAUCUCUAUAGAUGCUGAUCUCCCCCUGUUGCAGGCAGUUUGGGCUUUUCCAGCUCAUCACUAACAUGGAUGAGAUCUAUCUUAGUUUUAUAGGAUAAUGAGAAUGACAAGUACGGAAAAGUUGGGGAGAUUCAUGCUUGGAAAAAUGAACAAAAAAUCCACCUUGCUGGGUGAGAUAGCUGAGAACAUUGGAUAUAUCAGGAAUACUUUUAAACAAUUUUUGCUGUCAUGUGUAGCUUUAAUAUCUGUCUUCAGUUAUGGGCCCCAUGAAAGUAUUACUGUAUCUUGUGAAUAAAGAUCAUUCUUGUGAACUAGUAUAUGGAUGCAUUCAUAGGCUGUGGGAAGCAGUGGUGUGUGUGUGCGUGUAAAUAUUCUGUGUUUAUAACACUGUGUAUUACAUAAGUUUAUAUAGAAAAUGUGUUUCUUUAGUGUUUGGGGGACUAAAAUUGUAAUAUAACCAUUCCAGUGUAAUCUGACCACUCACUCUAGAGAACAUUUAUAUUACACACAAAUACACACCCCUAAAGCGUUGCUAACUGCUCCCACUUGAGAUAAUUGCUGCUUUUUUUUUAAUCCCGAAGUAGUGGACAGGAAAUAGCACUCUUUUAAAAGGGGCUUUUCUGAAAAGUAAAAUGUAAAUAUAGGACAUGUGGGGAGGUGGGGCCUCCUGCAGAUGUCCUGCAGAUGGACAAAUAGCCUUUUAAAUUUUACUUUUUAACCAUCUUAACCAUGUGUGCCUAUUUGUAUUGCAGAUGUGAAAUAUUUUGGGGAGUUAAUAUCAGUAUGUUUAGAAACUGAAUUAUUACAUAAAAUCAGAGUAACCUCUUUCUCCAUCCUCCUUUUCCACACUGACUAUUCUUGCCAAAUAUACCAAGUUUCAGCAUGGUAAAAUGAUGGACACUUAAACCUCCUUCCUCAUCUUCCCUAUCCUGUCUUACACCUGGUCUGGCCUUAUAUUUUUUUGUUGGCUUUUCAUAAGUAAGAACAAUUUACUGUAGUACUUUAGAGACUGCAGAAUUUCAAAAUGUUUAUAAGCCUUCCUUUGUUAAUGUUUGGUUACACGAUACCAUUAGUUAAAACAAUGGAGUAAGUCUGAGUUUGUAAUAUGCUACAGGAUAAAAUCUUGAAUGAUAUUAAACUUGACUGCCACAUUUUAUUAAGAGGAAAUUGGAUUAUAUGGUGGGUGGGAGCUAGUCUAUGAUAUAUAUGUAAUCACUGUAUAAUUAGAAACACCAAAUGUUGAGUCCUAUCACUGUGUACUUGGGGGCCAGGCUUUGGAUAUGGUUGUCAUUUUAAUUCCUUAAAGACUGUAUGUCAUUAAGAUGAGCAGAAGGCAAAUAAAGUUUUUAAACAAAAAUACUUUUGGGGGGUAUUUAAAUUUUCUUUCCCCCAAAAAAAUUUACUACAAAAAAACCUAGGGUUGAGAUUGAGAAGCUUCAAGCCGCUUUUUAAGCAGUUCAGUCACUUACAAUAUUUUAUGUUAAAGAAAUUGUCAUAACUCUUUCUGAGCCAAACUGUCACUAAAACGUCCUGUGACAGAACCACUCCUCUUUUUUCUGCCACUCUGUGUAUUGGAAGUGUUCUUAGUUGUAUUUGUUUUUAAUCCUUGAUUUUAAAAUAUUAAUGGUUUUAGUGUUGCUUAGCUUCAGUUUGAAGUGUAACUUUCACUAAUAACUGCAAUAAAAAGAAAAGCUUUGCUCCAAACUUCGUUUUGUGGUCAUCAUUACAGCACUUCAGGCUUAGGUAAAGGGAGUUAGUGUGAUAGAGCGGAAAGAAUUUAGGCUUUAAUCAUCACGAAGUCCUGAAUUCAAACCUGGAUUGCGUGACAAUAGACAAGUUCCUUGAUGCUUCUAAAUCUCAAGUUUCCUCCACUAUAAUGAGAUAAUAGUAGGGCUGUUGGGACAUUAAAUGAGUUAAUAGAUGGAGGGUACUUAAUAG